ACUUAACCUUAUAUUCACUUAAAGACGUAUGUCUCCUACUGAAGACUGCUAUACUUACAUGAGAUAUAUAUGUAAAUUGUAUAAAUAAAUUGUAUAAAUAAUUAUACAAUAUAUUCUGUAUGUACUUAUAAAUAUAAUCUACGAGAAACAACAUAAUAUUUCUAUUUCAGAUAAAGCAAAAUGAAACUAACACAAGCAUUAAGGAAAUAUCAUUUGGGUAGAUUAAUUAGAAAAGUGUGGUUUGACCAGCGUGACAGAAAAAUUGUGGAGAAUAAUCUAGAAAGUAAAUUAUCAACACUGAACAUAAAAAUCAUAGAUCCCAUUGAUUUAAUUCAACCAAAGAAAGAGUUUGUAAAGAUAGAACCAGAAUAUAUUUAUAAACAAUUAAAGUUUGACAACACCCAUCCUGAUUGGAAAGAUAGAGCUUGUUUAAGCUAUAAGGAUCACAAUGUCUUACAACAAGGCGUAUCUCAAGCACAACUAUUAUUAAAAACCAUUCAUAUAAAAAAUGAACUUCCACAGCAAAUUAAAGAAAAAGAGAUGGAUCUUUCAGAUGAUAUACAUCGUUUAGUUGAAAGAACAAUUUAUACGUCCGUUAUAUUUGAUGCACAUCAAGAGCUAUUACCAAAAAAAAAAGAUCCAAACAGACCAGCAUGGAAUUUUCCUAGAGAUUAUGGUGUGACAGAUAUUAGAAAAACGCACAAUUUAUUCAAGAAACUACUUCAAAUUUGUGAAUGUGUAUGUGGUCCAGAGAUUGUACGAACUCGUUCUAUUUUUCAUAACGGAAUUAUAAAUAUUUCAAUAGAAAAAGAAUUAAAUCUAUUGCAAUUUGCAUUGACAUUUGAUUUAACAAUUGUAUCAACAAAGUCUUUAACAAAGAUAGAAGAUCAAAAUGCUCAUACAGAAUUAGAUUUUCCAAGUAUAUAUCCAUUUUAUCCUACAGUUAGCUUGGAAAAAAUAAAUAUUUAUAGAAACGAAGAUCUAUAUCCUAUUGAGACAACAUCACCCUGGCCGAAUAUUCAUACCAUAUUUAUAAGCCAUAAUCCAGAAGAAGUAAAAAAUCUUUCUGAGCUACCAGUAAUUGAAGAUCAAAUACAUGCACGUUCUUUGAUAAAAUCAUUUACUGCAGCAGCAGCUAAUGCACGUCAAAAAUAUGGACCCGAUGUUAAACAUUUACCAGAACCAAUAAUUGUGCAAUGUAUUCAAUCAAACGGAAAAAAUUUUCAUUUUUCAGUAUUUCAACUUAAUACACUAGAUAUAAAUAAAAUAGAAGGUAUUAGAAAUUUCUGGUGGUCUAGUCCAACAUUACAGCUAUAUGAAAAGGCGUGUUAUGAGGUGGGUAAACCAAUUCUUACAGGUUAUAAUCCUGAAGUUGUGAAAAAACUAUUUGCAUUUUAUAAAAAUAUAUAAUUUAAUAAAUAAAUUAUUUUUAUUAAAGUAG